AUGGUGUCAUCCACUAACAGCACCUCCUCGGACGACUACGAAGAUGAGAUUACAUCACCCAUUCAAUCCGUGAUUUCGGAGUUUGGUCAGCCACCGUUGGCUGGGACAAUCAUAACCAAUCAGGCGCACUUAGAUGCGAGCCCCGACACGGUGCUCGCAAUGGUGCUAGAUGUUAUUGUCAAGUCACGUCCUAUCUCGCAUAAUCUGGCUGAAAAGACUAUCAACCAUCUACUCGAGGAGGGCUAUCACCAUAUCGACAUACUUGCCACAACCACAUGGGAGGAACGCACAAAGGUACUAAGAGAAGGGGGGUAUAAUCGGUAUCGAGAACAAUGUGCCACUUAUCUGGGUUCGCUUUCAGAUAUUGUGGCAAAUAAAUAUGAUGGGGACCUAAACAAUCUGCUGCACGCUGCACAUGGGGAUCGAGAAAAGGUUCGCACCCUGAUGAAGGAGUUCAAAGGGGUAGGAGACUUGGGAGUGGAACUAUUCCUCAAUAAUGUGCAGAGCAUCUGGCCAUCAAUUGCGCCUUUCCUCGAUUCACGUAGCCUACAGACGGCUGAAGAGAUUGGCAUCGGCGGAGACUUGAAUGCUAUCUAUGGGACCUUAGGCGAGAAGCCCGAGGAGAUGAGCGUGCUUGCCAAUGGUCUAUCGACCGUGCGCCUUGAGAAGAAGAAAAUCUAG